CCGAGUUCUGUCUUUCCUUUGCGAUCUUCUCCUUUCCAACUUGGUCCAUGCUCUGCCCACUUCGCUGCCUUCAUCUCCCUACUGGACCCUGCUUGCUCCCAGCCCUACCAGACUUCUCCUCCUUUCACUAGUUCCCUCCCUAGACAGCCUGCCCCUCCCCUGGCUCUAGGGGCCCCAGCCACUUUCCAGAGCUGACGCCUGGUUCCUCUCACACCAAUGAGGCCGCAGCAUAGAUGGGUCCCGUCCCACCCCCAGGAAGGUGUGUCCCGGCUUGCCUCACCUGAAACUUCCUAGGAGAAUGAGAUCCCUCCCGCUUUGGGAGGGGAGGGGCAGGCUAGGCGGGUGGGGCGGCUGGGGCCUGAGUCGGGGACGGCCGGCAGGAGCUGGGACCCCAGUGGAGAUCUUUCUACCCAGACAGCCCGGACCAUGUGACACUGACCAGGAAUCAGCCCUGAUGGAGGAUGAAGGGCCUCCUCGUAGAGUUUCUACUCCAACUCCUGCUCUGGAGGAACUCCAUAUCUUUCCAACAUCCCUUAUGAAGAAUAUUCCUGAUUCAGAACCUGAAGAAGCAGAGACAGAAGACUCUGCCUGGCAAUGGACUGAGGAUGAUGAUGUCUUUGAGAUUCAAAAGAGAGAUCAGAGUAAUCAGAGCACAACUGAAGAGAUACCACCUAUUCUUUCCCAGGAAGAUUUUCCAGCUUUGGAGACUGACAAUGGAGAUAUUAUAGCUGCAAGGUCAAGAAUCCAGAGACCUUCAAGGCUAGUGUCCCAAGGCCUCCAAGAGGGACAUACCCCUUUGAUUUCCACUGAGAGCUCUGUCUGCCCCACUGUGGCUGCUAGCCUGGACAUUGGCCCCAACCCCAAUGAAAUAAGGAGCAAGAUUGUAGUAGGAUCUUGUCCAAAAUUCCCUAACCCUCUGACAGAAAAAGAAAGAUCAGAAGCCAGUGAAACAGUGGAGAAAGGAAUCUUUCUUCCCUCCUCCAUUGAGGAUAGGCCCCAUUCUCCUCUUGAAGAACCCAACAGUCUGAUCUGUGAUGCAGAAAGAAGAGCUGCCCAGCAGGAGGGGGAGCCUCAAGAGAGGAAGGAAAAAGGAGGGCAAGAAGGGCUGUUACAUCAGAAACAAGAGGAAGCCCAGGAUCCAGGGAAACAAGGGAAGCAGGAAGAGAGGGAACUGGAAGAUCAGGGGAAGCUGGAGUGUUUUGAUGGAUUUUCAGAACAGCAGGAACUGGAAAUGGCAACAUGUAUUCAAAGACAAAGAGAAGAACAAGGACAAGAAGGUAAAGGACAGGUUGAUUUAGUUCUGAGGGGAGAAAAAGAAGGAGAGACAUUUAAUAGGGAGGUAGAAGAUCAAAAUCAUAGGGAAAGAUACCCAGGAGACAAGAAUGUGGAAAAUCAGGAUCAUGGGAAAGUAGAAGGGCAGAAAAAUCAAGGAAGUGAACUGGUGAAUGAACAAAGAAAAGUAGAUCAUUAUAAUAACAACCAAGAGAAACAGGGAGAGAUAGCACAGGAGAGUAAGGAAAAACAGGAUGAUGUAAAAGAGCCAUGGAAGCUAGAGGAGAGAGCUGAGGAAGAACAGGAGACUGUCGCUAGAGAAACAUUGGAAGCUGAGGGAGUGGUGAGGAGAAACAAGAAUGAAGAAAUUCAGAAGCAUUAUGUUCCCUUCCCAUUGACCCAAAUUGUCCCAAGCACCAAUAUUUCAUGGGGUUCUUUCCCAAGAGAUCCUGUUUCUACAAGAUCUGAGACUCAGGAAGAGAUGAAAACUGAGUCUUCUAGAGUUCAACUCUCCAUGUCCUCUUCCUGCCCAGACUCUGCUCCAAGGCCUGGACAGGGAUCAUCAGGAUCUCUCCAGUCCAUCCCUCCUCCAAGUCUUUCCAGAGAGGAUUCUGAGAAAGAAGCAGAGCAAAAUGGCUGGGAGGAAGAGUACAGUGUAGUAGACAGAACCAUGCCUAGCUUGGGGAAGAAACCAACACCUCCAAGGCCAAUUGCCAUAGCUCAUAAAACAGAGACCUCAAUGCCUUUCAGUUCCAUUAAGAUGGAUCCCAACACCUCAUCAGAUUCCUGCCCCCCUACCUUCUCUCUUACAAGAGAGUCUUCACCCCUGUCCUCUCUACCAGUACUCUCCAGAUCCUUUUCCUUUGAUAAAGAAUUCUCUAUUCACCACUGGGACCACACACCUUCUCUUGAAGAGGCUCCUUGGGUACCAUCCGCCAAAUCUGAGAGAGCCAGUGCCCUAACCCACCCAGAAUCCUCUCAGGAAACUAUCCAAUACCAUGGGAGUAACUCUGCUCCAAGCUCCUAUGGGACAGGGCAGCCUCAGUAUCUGGCCCAGAAUCCAACCUCUUUCCAUCAUUCAGAACUGGCUCACAGACUCUCUGAACCUGCCAUCCACAGUGCUGAGAUCUUAAGAAGGGAGGAGCAGGCUAGGCCAGAACCCUCCUCUGAUCCUUCCUCCUUGAAUCAACUUCAAGAAUUUACCCAAAAUUUACAAACGCCUGGUGCUACCCAAAGCCCAACUCGGUGUCCAUCAAAAAAGGAAUCCUUCCUCUCAGAGGGACUUAUCCAUGGCUCGCCUCUUUCCUCAUCCAUGGUGGAAAUGGGAUUACAUGAACUGGUGCCCCCUCUCCCAGCACGGGAGCGACACAGUCAUCCUCCUCUGGUAGUGCGACAUAGCAGCCAUCUUGCCAAGCCCCCUGCCCCAAAACGGUAUAGCCACCCUCCCAUCUUUCCCUUAGCUCCAGUGCUACCUGGCUCCCCUGAAGGUCCUUCUAUCCCUGCUAAGACAAGACAGAACCGACCUCUACCUUCUACUCCAGUCCCAGACAGUUCCCACUACACUCAGAGAUACAAUAAGCCAUUGCCCCCUACCCCAGUUAUGACCCCUCCUUAUCACCCUCUCACAUCUACUAGAAAAAACAAACCUCUUCCUCCCCUUCCCAUUUUGGAGACUGACACCAAGCCACCUCCACUGCCCCCAAAGGCUAAGUGGAGAAGCAGCAGUUCUCAUGGGUCAAUUAUGGAUGCAGGAGAUCAAUUGAGGUCAAAACCUAGCUCCUCAAAGGUACCUGAAGGGAACUGGGAAGUUCUUUCUUCUCUCUCUGCUGGACGUACCUCCUGGCCUCCAGAUAUGGACACACCAAUAGACUUCUUGACCUCUUCUGACAGGAAUAAAAGUGAGAUGACUUCUCUGGCUUUCAGUAACAUGACUAACUUUCUUCUGGGGAGUCCUUCUUCCCCAACCCCUUCCAUGACCCAGGACCCACAGCAUUCUGUCCUGGGAGGAAUCCAGGAGGAACAUGGACAAUCAGAAGGGACUUUAAGGACUUUGAGCAGAGGAGCUUUUCAGGGGAAUAGCAAUGGGCCCCGGAGGUCAGAUCGAGGCCUGGUGCGACAGUCAGGGAAACCCAGCCAUCCACCUUUGGAGAAAUCAUCCAGCUGGCCACACAGGAAAGAUCCUGGGAAAUUUUUGGAAAUGAGUGGCGGGCACUCAGAGAGUACUACUGAAGGGCAGAACAAGACCAAGGGAUGGAACCGGCAAGGCUUGCGCAGACCAUCUAUCUUCCCUGGGGAUGUCCUAGAUGGGGAAGGCCCCCCCAUGGAAAAACCUCCUUGUCCCUCAGAUACAAUUGUUUUUCGAGAGAAGAAACCAAGGGAAGUGAUGGGUGGUGUUACCAGGCGCUGUUCCAAGUUCAUCAAUUCCUCCCAUUUGCUUUACCAGGAAUAUAGUGAUGUGGCUCUAAACAAGGAGAUACAAAGCCAACAGAGACUAGACAGCCUCACCGAAGGAUCCAGCCCAGCUUCACCCCGACAGCCCCGAAAAUCAGUAAACACAGACUCUUAUCUUCAGCGCCUCUCUAUUGCUUCCAGUGCCUCUUUAUGGCAGGACAUCCCCCGAGUACGCAAUAGCACCAUACUUCUCUCUAUGACUCAUGAGAACCAAAAGCUGCAGGAGGCCAAAUUUGAACUUAUCAUGUCAGAAGCUUCCUAUCUGCGAAGUCUUCAUGUGGCUGUAGACCAUUUCCAGCUCUCAUUACCACUCCGGAAUACAAUGUCUAACCAGGACCACCAUUGGCUCUUCUCUCGUCUACAAGAUGUGCGGGAUGUCAGCACCAUGUUUCUUUCGGACCUGGAAGAGAACUUCGAGCAUGACAUCUUUACCUUCCAUGUUUGUGAUGUGGUCCUGACCCAUGCACCUGCCUUCCGGCGUGUCUACCUACCUUAUGUCACCAACCAGACUUACCAGGAGCGCACUUUUCAACGCCUUCUGAGCAGCAACAGUAAUUUCCGGGAAGUCCUGGAUAAGCUAGAAAGUGACCCUAUCUGCCAGCGCCUUUCCCUAAAGUCCUUUCUCAUACUGCCUUUCCAGCGUAUCACCCGCCUCAAACUGCUGCUCCAGAGUAUUCUUAAGAGGACACAGCCUGGCUCCCCAGAAGAAGCAGAGGCCACAAAAGCACACCAUGCCGUGGAAGAGCUCAUCCGAGACUGCAAUAACAAUGUCCAGAGGAUGCGACGGACAGAAGAACUGAUUUACCUAAGUCAGAAGAUUGAGUUUGAGUGCAAAAUUUUCCCAUUGAUCUCACAGUCACGAUGGUUGGUGAAGAGUGGGGAGCUAACAGUCCUUGAGUCCACUGUGUCACCUGGACUACGGAGGAAACUGGCCACUCGACCUGUCCACUUGCAUCUCUUCAAUGACUGCCUGUUGUUAUCACGGCCUAGAGAGGGCAACCGCUUCCUGGUAUUUGACCAUGCCCCUUUUUCAUCUGUACGUGGAGAGAAGUGUGAAAUGAAGCUGCAUGGACCACACAAGAACUUCUUCCGUCUCUUUCUCCGGCACAACACACAGGGCACCCAGGCUGAAUUCCUCUUUUGCACAGAGACUCAGAGUGAAAAGCUUCGCUGGAUCUCAGCUUUAGCUCCUCCAAGAGAGGAAUUGGACCUCUUGGAAUGUCAUGACUCCCCACAGGUUCAGUGUCUACGUUCUUAUAAACCUCGAGAGAAUGAUGAGUUGGCCCUGGAGAAAGCAGAUGUGGUCAUGGUGACUCAGCAGAGCAGCGAUGGUUGGCUGGAGGGUAUGAGGCUGUCAGAUGGGGAGAGGGGCUGGUUCCCUUUGUCACAUGUGGAGUUCAUCACCAACCCUGAUGUUCGAAAGCGGAACCUGUCAGAGGCACAUAGAGUCAAGACUGCCAAACUACAAUUAGUCGGACGCCAAAGAUAACUCCUAAACAAGGGCAUCUCCUUGGGCCCAUGGACAUGAUAUCUCUACAGAAGGGAGCUGUCAUCUACAGCUCUGUAACAGAACCUCUCCAAGUCUGAAAACAAGAAUCAGCGAGACUGGACAUAGGCUUCGAACUUUACACUCAUUGCUCAUUGGUGUGUGUGCAAGCAUGUGUGUGUGUGUGUGUGUGUAUGUGUGUGUGUGCACGUGUGUGCUCACUCUGCAUGCACACACAAGGAUAUAAGAGAGAGGAAUUUGGGGUGCAGCUGGGAUUCUUAGAGCCAUUUCUUUAAGGAAAGGUAACCUAUUGGGGGGAUCUACACUAGAAUCUGAGCCAAGGGGCUCUACUUAAAUGAAAUUUAUCGGUUCCUAUGCUCCAAGGUUGAUAAUUUGGAGCUAGAGCUUCAAAUACUUGGUUCCAAACUCCAUCACUACUGCAGCAUUCCUUUCCUUUAGGAACCAGCAUUAUUGGGAAGGAGAUUAAGGUGCCUCUAGGGAAGUUGGAUGUGGCUAUGGAAAUGUGAGGGUGAUAGUCUCUCACUCUAAUAAACUUGGCACUUUGAAUUUUUUCUUCCCAGACUCCUCAGCACUGAGCAUUGUUCAUCACUUGGCUGGACUUCAAGGAGGAAUCCAGGCUCAGCUAGGUCUGGGUCCAUGAAGAGCUGUAUGUAGGUAGUGGGCGUAGAUUGUUGUGGCAGCUGUUGGUUCUUGCCUUGUUGCCACUCCCCCAGGAUUUGGGGUGAUUCUCUCUUAGCUAUGGCCUCAGGAAUGUAGUUAUUUCUUGAUUCCAUGCCUCUUCCGGUAAUGAGUUAUGUCAGCAAUACACCGGGCCUUCUUCUUGAGCAUACCUGUAACUUACAACAAGGAGGGUUUUGUCAUAGUAUAACAGAAUUUCUCAUUGGGAUAGGAAUUCAAUGAUCCUUCAAUUCACUCCUCCAUGAAAGAUGAAUUAUCUUUAUAGGAUGAAAGAAUCCUAUAAUAAUAAUAAUAAUCAAUAAAUCAAAAAUAUUUAAGUACCGACUGCAUGCUGAGCACUGUGCCCAGAGCUAGGGAUACAGAUAUAAAAAUGAGAGUCCCUACUCUCAUGGAGCUUACAUUUUCAUGGGGUGGGAUGGAUAACAUAUAGUAGCCAGUGAAGGAAGUUAUGGUGAGAAAAACAGUAGUGCAAUCUAUUGAUUUGUUCUUUCCGGAGGCAAUCACAGUGUUAAUUUGAUUACUGUUCUUGGAGCAAGUGGUGGUAAAAAAGGGUGAGGGUAGUGAAGAGGGUAUCAUACAGUUGUAAAUUGCUGAGUAAAGAUGGCCCAAAUGAAAAUGAAGACAUAUGUCCUCAAUGUGUCUAGAAUUGAGAGACUUAGCCCCUCUCAGUUAUGAUUUCUAAUCAUCUGUUUGGAGGAUAGAACAGCAAUAGUAGCAGGAAAUAAAAUGUCUUCACAAGAAGCCAUCCAGCUUCUUGAAGAUCUUGAAUGACAGUAAAUAACAUUUAUUAAAAUAGGCUAUUUGAUAGGAUGCACAUUUCUGUUUGAGAUUUUAGCAAACAUGUUCUGUAUUCACCUAAUCAAUAAUAUUUAUUACUUUAUAAACAUUAUGCAAACAUUUCUCUAAUAUUUCUACCUGGACAUAAAGAGAAUACUGGAUCAAAAGGAAGUCUGGCUUCAGUCUUGUGUGACCUCAAAUAAUUAUUUAAUGUCUUUGGGCCUCAGUUCCCUCAAAGAUAAAGGAAAUGUGUUGAUUUAGUAGGAAGAAUGAGACACUGCAGGAAAUAUAGACAGAAGAGGUAGAGAGGAAGCAAAUAUCAUAUAUCACAUAGGAGGAUUCAUUGGAAAUACCUGCACCAGGGAGAGAUUGGGGAACUAAAUGAGUGGAAUGGAAGUCUGAUUGUAUAAGUAUUUCCUCAGUAGGUCAGGAAGAAUCUGCAUUUAAUCAUAUUAUUUAGGAGAGUCAGUGGGAAUAAAACUUACUUUUUAUCACAGAUCAAGAAAAGAAAGGAAUUCAAAGAUCAUAAAGCUCAAACCCCUUAUUUUUCAGAUAUUAAAACAGAGGCAUGGGAAAGUUCACUGACUUGGUCACAUAGGUAGUAAGCAAUAGAUGCAGCAUAUAAACCCAGCCCCUCUGACUCCAGAUUCCAUGUUACUAUUUCCACUGUAUCCAGUUGUCUCCCUGUCAGACUGGCUAUUCCUGGUGAUUAGAAUAUAGAGAGAUGGUAAUUACAAGCAGAAUUUCCAUUUCCAACUAGGGGAGAGAUAGUGGGAAUUCCCUAGAAUUGCAAUGUAGGCGUUUCUCCCAUUUUUGCCUUUGUUGUGUUACAUGUACAUGGCCAGGUGGGAGAUGGAAUGAGGAGGGGUCAGUUCUUGAAUGCCAAGGGUCAUGGUUUAUAUUGCCCUAAAGUGCACACAUGAUGUGCACUUAGGAUGGAAAGAAUAAAAAUAAACAAAGUUCAAUUCCCAGAAACCUCUCUUAGCUUUCUACAUGAAUUCCAUUAGCCAAACUUACUCCUAACUCUGUUUUUAAAUAACAGAAGCCCAUCAGCAGGUACAAGACGUGAUAGCAAUAAAAUGUAGACUGAACAAUAUAUAAGGUCUCUUCUACCUCUUUCUCUCUGAUUUAUGAUCCUUUGUAGCUUCGACUCGCCAAAUGAAGGGUACUAAUCAUCUCAACCUGUCCUGAAGACAGGACUCCAUCCCCUCCAGCAGUUUCUUUGCCCUUCUUUGGACAUACUGUAGCUCUGUUAUAGAUGGUGACCAGGGCCAAGUUUCCAGGAUAAAUGGCAUAGUUUCAGGAUAGGCAUGGGCUCUGGAUCUGAUUUUAUUGAAAUAGGGAACACCUGGGGAGGGAAUUCCCUGUAAAUUGGCAGGGCACCUGUAGAUUGUGGAUUGGCACCUUUUCUGUAAUUUACAGCCUCAGUUGCCUAGGUUCUCUAAAAGUUUAAGCAAUUAAAUUUAAGUAACUUUGCAAAUAUACAUCAGAGGCAGGACCUGAACCUUAGUCAUGGUUUUAAGGCUAAUUCUCUAUCCACUAUGACAUAAUGCCUCUUGAUUUUUAUUUUCUGGCAUUAUUUUCAGCAUCCUUAUUGAUAAUUUGGGAAACUAUGGUACUAUGGAAAGUGUUCUUAAGAGCCAGAGAGUUUGGGUUUGAAUUUUAGCUACUUGGUGUCUGUGUGACCUUGGCUGACUUAGUUUACCUCUAGGCUUCAGUUCCUUAAUUAUAAAGGCAGAAGUUAAAGUAAUGGGUCCUUAUAGCUAAGGUUCCUUAUAGCUCUAAAACUAGAAUUCUAUGGUCUUGUUACUGUAACUUGAAAUAUCACAUUCUAUCUACAAACCAUGUUUUAUAUGUUUUAUAGUUAGACCCAGAGCCUGAAUCUUUUUUUCAGAAAUGAAGAAUCUUUUGAAGAAAUCAAAAGAAUGCCACUUUCCCUUCAAUUAACAUGUGCCUUUAUAACAAAAUCUUAUAAUCACAAUGAUAAGGACAAUCUUGAAUUUUCCUUUAAAAAAGAGACUAACAGAGAUAAAAGAGAGAGAUGGGGAAAGAGAAAGAUACAGAGAGACAGCUGAAGAGAGACCCAUCUUAACAUUUAUGAGCCAAACUUCCUAAUAUACUCCAAAGAAGAAUAGGGAUUUAAAAUAACAAUUUCUGCUAAACAAACUGGCAAAGAAUCUCCCUCACAUGUGCAUGUCUUCCACUGCUUCUCAAUUUUUUCAUUUAACAAAUUUGAUGAGAAACCUCAUUACAGCUAUUCAUCAGAUAGGCAAUCAUUUCAGAAUCUCCCUAUUAGAAGGAACCGCAGAGAUCACCUAGUCCUAGACCAACUGAUUUCUGAAUAAGGAUUGCCCUGACAAAUGCGUGAUUUAUCAGCCUUUACUUGGAGAUGUUGAGGUAGGAGAAACUCUGCUAAGGCAUCCCAUUCUACUUUAGGAUAGCUCUAAGUGUUAGGAAAUUUCUCUUGACAGCAAGGCUAAAUUUCUCUGCAGCUUCCAUCUAUUGCUCUUCAUUCUUCCAUCUAGAAACAAAAAAGAAAAAAUCCAAUAGUUGUUAUAGAAUCUUGAGCCGCUUUGACACAAAACAGCCAUCUAGAAAGGGACAUGGAUUCUUGUCAUGAUUUAGUCACUAAUUCAUGGUGUGAUCCUUGGUCAUAGUAUCAUGGCAUUAUAGAUGUAAAUCUACGACGACCAAAUCAACUUAAUCUCUGGGUCUGUUUCCUCAUAUGCAAAAUGAAGGGUUAGAUUAGAUCAGGAGGUUCUUAACCUUUUUUAUAUCAUGGAUCCUUUCUUAGAAUAAUACCUUAAAUAAAACAAAAUGGUAAAUUUCAGGGAGCAGUUAGUAUAAGUAAAAAUAUGAUAUUUUGGGAUUUUUUUAUUGUUUCUUUCUCCCAUGAAAGAUCACAUGCACUCUGAAGUCUACCUUUGGAGUUCUUGGUGGUUCAUGAAAGUCAGUUAUAAGUACUACUUUGAGCAAUCUUUAUACCAUGAUCUUGAGCCCUUUUACCAUUUUUGCCAUCCUACUUCAGAAGCAUCCCAGAUUUUCAAUCUCUUUUCUCAAAGGUGGAACCCAGAACUGAGCACAUUAUUAUACAUAUAAUUUGACCAGGGCAAAGGACAGAGGAACAGGCAUCCUCAUAGUUCUGGAUACCAUCUCUUUCUUGAUGCAUUAUUAAAAUUAUAUUAGCUUUUUCUUUUUACUAUCAUUUUCAAAUGAAUAGUUCUCUAUUCUCCAAUCUUGUACUUAUGAAGUAAAUUUUUGAACCCAAAUAUAAAACUUUACGUUUAUUCCUAUUAAAUUGAACCUUAUUCUUUUGGGACUAGUGUUGGAUCUUAAUAAUGUCAUUAAACUUGUUAGUGAAU